AUGGCGGCAUCGCCAGAAUCAUUCCUUAUAGGACAACUUCUACGUCUUCGGAAUGAGGCUUCUCAUCCAGACUCCGCCCAACACCUAUCCUCCCUCCUCUCCUCUCACAAUGGUCCAUGGCCUGCUAAACAACUUCUUCCUUGCUUUAAGGAUAUAUACCAAUCCCUUCCUGAAGCAUUGAAAGCCAACAAUGACGAGUUCAUUGCCAGCCUCCGGGCUCAGGCCAAAGCUGUCAUCCCCGAUGUGGCAUCGUUGAUUGGAACAGACAGCCGUGCUGGUUUCAUAGAUGCUACCACUGGGAGGAAUCUUACCCAUGGUGCCAUCCAACGGUUUGUGCACAACUUUCAGUUGCCCAUUGGUCUUUCCAGGCAUGGCAAGCCUCGCAUCGCUGUCAUCCUGCCCAAUGGCCCUCUGAUGGCCAUUGCGGUCCUUGCUUUCACAAACAGGUAUACGAUUGUACCCAUGGCAUCGAAUACAGUACCAGAGCAGCUCCACAUGGACAUUGAACAGUGUCAAGCUGAUGCUGUUGUCGCCUUGGAUUCUGAUAUUGGCAAGCUGCAACUGGACAAUGGGAGUCGACCUAUAUUUGGCGUCGAACCACUGGAGGAUCUGACUUUCCGUGUCGUCUCUGAGCAACAUGCUUCUGGUGCAUCAGACAUCCCCGCCAACGCCGGCGAUGAUAUCGCGAUUAUUCUUUUCACCAGUGGUACCAGCGGUAACAAGAAGCUGGUUCCUAUCACAAUUUAUAACCUCAUCGCCGGUACGAUGGCCACGAUUGAAUCGGUCGAACUGUCUGAAACGGACACAUGUCUUAACAUGAUGCCACUUAACCAUGUCGGCGGUAUCAUUCGGAGUAUCUUCUCUCCUCUUCUCGCUGGCGGCGCCACGAUCUGCUGCCCCUCCUUCGACCCCAGCAUGUUCUGGGAUGCCGUCGAAAGUCCUUACAUGACUCCGACUUGGUACUAUGCCACGCCCACAAUGCACCAGAUGAUCCUCGGUGAAGCCAAGCACCGCCCUGAGGCUGUCAAGCAAAGUGUCAUCAAGUUCAUCUGCAAUGCCGGUGCUGGUCUCCCACCGACUCUUGCCGCUCAGCUUCAUGAUACUUUCCACAGUGUUAUCCUACCCAGUUAUGGUAUGACUGAGUGCAUGCCCAUUGCUGCGCCUCCUAAGGACUAUACUCUUGAUCGUCAUGGCACAUCAGGACGGAUUGUUGGUCCCGAAGUUGCAAUCAUGAACGAUGGAACUCCUGUCGCGCGCACUGGAAUGCUUGGACACAUCUGCAUUCGUGGUUCACCCGCCUUCGAGGGAUACCUGACCCCGGAAGGCAAGAUUGAUACCAGCGCAUUCGAUGGGGCUGGCUGGUUUGACACUGGUGACCUGGGUUAUCUCGACGAUGACAACUACCUGUACAUCACCGGUCGCAGCAAGGAAGUCAUCAACCGUGGUGGUGAAAUUAUCUCUCCCGUCGAAGUGGAAGACGCCGUGCUAGCCGCGGCGAGGGAUCCCAACUCUCCACUGUAUGGUCGUGUCUCUGAGACAUUGGCCUUUUCCGUCCCUGAUGAGGUGCUCCAAGAAGUCGUCGGUGCGGUCAUCACCUGUCCCCCCGGCGUCCCUCGCCCGGAUCUUCGCAUGCUGCAUGAGGCUCUGCACCCCAUCAUCCACCAACCCAAGUGGCCCGCUUUGAUCACAUACAUGGAUCGUGUCCCCAAAUCAAAUAAUAAGAUCCAGCGUAUCAAGCUUGCAGAGCGAUUAGGUCUGGAGACUCUCACCCCGACCACUCCUCUGGCCGACCGACACUUUGAGGCUGUCUGUCCGCCCAACGGCACCCCACUCAGUACACCCAUCAGCAAGAAGCAAUGCGUUGUUGACGAGAGCGCCAUCCGAUCGGUUCUCUCCAAAAAAGCUAGCACCCUGGACUUGCACAUCCACACACACCCACGCGACGGGUUCGCACAGGCUGUGUUAUUCGGCAAGAGCUCGGAUGAUGAGCCCAUCACACCCGAAGACCUUCGUAGCGACCUCGAUGGCUACCUCAUUCCCAGCCGUAUCACUUCCCUCGAGGGCCCUAUGCCUAUCGAUGCCUUCGGUAAUCCAGACCAGGCUGCCAUUGAAGAGGCGAUUCGUGCCCGUUACUCGGAUGGUGAUUUGACGCCUAUUCAGCGCCGUAUCCGUGAGAUUUUCGCCGCGGCUUUGUCUUGUGAGGCAGAUGAUGUUUCUGCGGCGACCGACUUUUUCGCUGCUGGCGGUGAUAGUCUUAGUGCCGGCCGUCUGGUUUCGCAGCUCCGUCGUGAAUUCAGUAUUUUCCUUCCUGGUGACAUUCUCUUCCACCACAGCACUGUCGGUGAGGUCGAGGACAAAAUCACGGAAGCAGUUGAGAUCAAGGCUGCCAGGGGUGACGUGGGAGAGGUCGAGCUGCCCGGUUGCGAGAAGACCUACAGCAGCACUAACCCUAUUCUCCUGGUUCUGCAUCUGUUCCCGAUCAUGCUGUUUGCUCCCAUGAAACGUGCCUUCCAGUGGUUGGUCUUCGCGUAUGUUAUGGCUGAGUGUUCAACUCGUUUCCCCAUUAGUGACGUUCUCAUUGGUCGUGUUGUCCUGAUCGUCCUGGCCGUGUUGUCUGCUCGGGUGGCCGGACAUAUCGUGUUCCCUCUAUGUGCUCUUACCUUUAAAUGGCUCGUCAUCGGUCGCUACAAGGAGGGCAUCUUUCCCAUGUGGGGCCCAUACCACACUCGCUGGUGGUUAACCCAGAAGGCAUUGCAAGUCUGCGGUAAGGGUAUGUUCGCUCGCUUCAACUGGUCUCGCGUGCUCUUCUACCGUCUGCUCGGAGCAAAGAUUGGCAAGAACGUUACUCUUCAUCCGAUGGUCAAGCUUGGUGAAUAUGAUCUGAUUGAAAUUGGUGACAACGUCAUACUGGAUGUUUGCCAGUGCCGUCCUUUCGCCGUGGAACGCAAUACCUCCAUGCUCCUCAAGCGCAUCUCUAUAGGCAAGGACUCAUCCGUGGGUACCAAAUCCAUCCUCGCCCCAGGUGCCGUUGUCCCCGAGAACACUUGCAUUGGUCCCAACUCGUCCAGCUGGGAGCUCCAGGAUGCUGAUGAGUCCAACCGUGACUUACUUUCCUCUCGCAUUCCUCAGCCCCAUUGGAUUUGGUCCAUUAUCCUCAUCGAGCCUAUCAAGAUUCUUGUCUGGGUUGCUUCUCGCCUUACCUGGAUGGGUGGUCUCGUGCCUAUGGUGUACUCCUACCCUGCAACCUCGCCUGACAUGUUCCUGGGUACCCUGGAAUGGUUCACCAACGGCCAGCGAAUUGGAUACCACAUCACCGCAAAGAUCUGCCGUGCUAUCGGCAGUCCGAUUGUGCAAUUCGCCGCCGUCUUGCUUAUCAAGUGCCUCCUCGAUCUUCUCUGCGGUAAACCCAAGCCUGGUCCUGCCUCAAAGCAGACCGAGCGCCAGAAGGUUCGGAGUGCUGUGCUAUCUCAGAUCCUGCCUGCCGGUGAUAUUCAUGAGCUCACCCGUCUUGUUGGUCGUCACUACGAGGCUGUCUCGAUUGCCGUCCGCGCCCUGGGUGGUAAGGUCGGAAAGCGUGUCUACUGGCCCAGUGUUGGGCCCGCUGUUCCCGACUUCGACCUCGUCGAGGUUGGAAACGAUGUUGUCUUUGGAUCCCGCUCGACGAUCGUCACAUCCGAUGGAUACGGUCGUGAUCGUGUCACAAUCGGUGAUGGCACCAUGGUCGGCGACCGUGUCGUCGCUCUGCCCGGUACCACUAUCGGUCGCGAAGCCAUGAUCGGUUCUGGUGCUUUGCUCCGCCGCAAUGGCGACUUCCCUUCGAACACCAUCUGGACUGGUAGCAAAGGAGGCAACGCCGUGCAAUUCCCAACUAGCACACCACCAAUGUCGAAUGCCCCCACCGUGGUUAACAGCAGUGACAGCAGCACGAACGGCGACAGCGAUGAUGAAAAGCGCACAGGUGGCGAGAAGUCGUUCAGCGAGAAGCAGAGCAGUCUUGGUUAUAAGAAUCAGCUCACUGAGGUCGAGACGGAUACCUGCAAGCCCUUCGGUCGCGCGUUCUACCGCCACGAAUCGAACUACUACGUUCUCCGCAUCUGGCAAAUUAUGGUCUACUCUGUCAUCGCCGUCGUCUUCACAACUGUCUUCUGGAUCAUCUCCAUCCCACUUUCCCUCUUCGCUCUGCGUGGUGCUCUGACUUAUGGCACCUCCGGAGCCCUCCAGCCUGGCCCAUGGCGCCCAUUUGUCAAUUACGGUAUCCUCGCCGCAGUCCUGGCGGGUAUCAGUACCGUGCAAGUUUUCAUAGCCCUCGGUCUCGUCAUCUGGAUCAAAUGGAUGGUUAUGGGCCGUCGCCAGGAAGGAAGCUUCCACUGGGACAAGAGCAGCUACAACCAACGCUGGCAAUUCCUCCUCUCCUGCGAGACAUUGAUCAAGGACUGUUACGGCAAACUGGGUCUUCUACCAUUGCUGAGUGGAACUGCCUGGGUAGUCUGGUAUUACCGUCUGCUCGGUGCGAGAAUCGGAAAAGACUGUGCUAUCCACGCAAACGGCACGCCGAACAUCUUCUUCACUGAGCCUGAUCUUCUUACUCUCGGUGACCGCGUCGCCGUUGACGAUGCCAGUCUAGUUUGCCACUUGAACUCUCGUGGUGAAUUCGAGUUGCAUCACUUGAAUGUUGGAGAUCGAAGUAUCUUGCGCGCUGGUUCGCGCUUGAUGUCUGGUGCUUCGAUGGGCCAGGAUGCUUGUCUUUUGGAACACACUUUGGUUCUCUCUGGAGACCACGUCGAGGAUGGAAACACUUUGCAGGGCUGGCCUGCUGGACCCUUCGAGGGCACACGUGUUUGA